GCACAAUUUGGGCAUUGCCUGGUCAUCUUGCAUGCAUUAUCCGCCGACAUCCAUGUCCACCAUCACCGCCUUCCCUCUACUGCUCACCUAAGCCCUUCAGACCUCUCUUCGUUUUCUUUACCCUUUCGGAUUGCUCGGAAUCACCUCUCGACCCCAGGUUCUCUUCACCCUCUACCUCUUGCCUCUCCUUUGUCCUCUAUCGCCGUCGUCCUUCCAUCGUCUCUGGCCGCCAAAACAAAACCCGCCCAUCCGCCACACACCGAAACGUUUUGACGACGCUCCGACCGAUCCUCGCUCGUGGCCAUCGCAAGCUGCGAUGCAGUCCUCCCUUGCGUCCUGGAAGGACACGCCUCUCUCUAAAAAGCACAUCCAGCUACCAUGGCGGUCGAUCCAGAUCCUCGUUCCUCAUAGACUGCGGCGCAAGCUGCGGUCGAAGCUACGCAACCGCCAGUCCCCGGCCUCGUCCUUUGCCAAUCUCCAGACAUCCUUCUCUCCUGCAGACACGUUACGAGCGCUCCAGAAUCACAAAUGGUCCAUCUACGAUGCGCAAUGGUUGUUUUUGGCCUUCAUCGGCAUAUUUUCCCUGAGUAUCAUUGAGUCGCCGGGCCCUCUGGUCAAGACGGCGGUCGCUACCCUCUUGCUCACUUCAUUAAUAUUUCCCAUCACGCGACAAUUCUUCCGACCCUUUAUGCCCAUUGCGGCAUAUCUGAUCUUCUUUUACGCCUGCAGAUUCAUCCCAGCCGAAUGGAGACCUCCGAUCUGGGUCAAAGUCCUACCUGCGCUUGAAAACAUCCUCUAUGGCGCAAACCUCAGCAACAUCCUGUCCGCCCAUAAAAGCACAGCCCUGGAUCUAUUGGCGUGGUUUCCGUACGGCCUGGGACACUUUGGAGCUCCUUUUGUGUGCUCGGCCAUCAUGUUUGUGUAUGGACCACCCACCACGGUGCCUGUUUUCGGCUUCGCGUUCGGAUACAUGAACCUCUUCGGGGUCAUCACACAAGUACUGUUUCCCUGUUCCCCGCCGUGGUACGAGAACAUGUACGGUUUGGCCCCGGCGAACUACUCCAUGAAAGGCUCCCCAGCCGGUCUGGCGCGGAUCGAUGCGUUGCUUGGAUUCGACAUGUACACGUCUGGAUUCACCGCUUCUCCCAUGGUCUUUGGAGCGUUCCCAUCUCUCCACGCGGCGACAUCGACCCUGGAAGCACUCUUUAUGAGUCAUGUUUUCCCGCAACUCACUCCCCUGUUUGCCUUCUACGCCAUGUGGCUGUGGUGGGCCACCAUGUAUCUGUCGCACCACUACGCGGUCGACUUGGUCGCCGGCAGCAUGCUGGCCGCCGUCAUCUUCUACUUCGCAAAAGCCAAGUUUUUGCCUCGCCUUCAACCCGACAAGAAAUAUCGUUGGGAUUACGACUACGUCGAAAUUGGCGAGGAACAAAGUGACUACGGCUACGGUCUCGCCGGUAUCGACGGCAGUCAUCCUGAAAGCGAUGAGUGGACGAUCGGUUCCUCAUCUUCCGUCUCGUCCGGCUCACUGAGCCCGGUCGAGGAGAGCCAGAACCUCUGGACUGAGGCCUACUCCAACCAUGAAAGAUGAGGUUUUACCCUGUUUUUUCCUACCUUACACUCGUUCGGUUUCAGCAUUAUAAGCACGGCGUUCUUCCCACACGAGAUUAUGCUUGACGGCUGGGGACUUUGCAUCUGAGCGACUUUUUUUGAAGCUUUGCCAAAUAGAUAUGAAGUGGAGAUGUAAUGACCACGGAGGGAUCAGCAGCGUUACUCGACAUUCGCUAACCUAUCGUCACGCCCUGCGGGCUCCUACACCACACGACUCAACAGAGAGUGCCAGCUGCAAUCCGCGGUGCAAAGAUUCACCCUUUUUUCUUCUCUGCACCAAUUCUUUCACACAAUUUCUUGUUGUCAUUCCUGAGUUACCAAUCAGCCUUGCACAGCAGCAUGACCAGGUUUUGGUGUAUCGUGGGCCGUUACACGGGCAUUGGGUACGGACAAGAUCCGUCAUGCCAUUCUUAUCCUUGGCAGUCUUGUCGCCGGGGCGAGCGACAGGAUGUGAGGCGUUUUAUUCUUCUGGGCAGGAACUUUUCUUUGAUUUUCGACCAUUUCCAGCGGCUACUGCUUACCGUCUGGAUCGGCGCACUACAUUCGCUAAACUUUGUACAAAAGAUAUCGAGACAUGGUGUUUAUGACCGAUAUGCCAUUCGCUUUGUUACCAUUAUUCACAAGAGGGAAAGGGACCCUGUCAGGGAGAAGAUUGGGGUGUUAUUGAACGCCGGUGUUUUCCAAUGCGGCGAUUAGAAAAAGGAAAAUUGAAGCACAAACCAGCGCAUUCCCAGUCACUCGGGCGGCUACGGCGGAGGCGCAGCAGGAUACGUCCCCCGGCUAAGCCACAAAGCCUGAUGGCAGUGGUCGUGCCUGGACGUGUUGUACCCUGAGCACAACAUUUUUAUGCAUGUUCAACCCAGCCUGGUUUUAUUGGCUGGCGAUUUUCAAAUCCGGGGUGUGGGCGCCUACGCAGCGUGGCUUCGUGCAGGGUUCAUGGAUCAUUGAAGCCAGAAGAGGCAGUGUGACCUGGGUCCCUGGCCUGGUGGCCAUGGAGCACAAGGCAGACUGUCAGGGGGGCUUGCCGACCAGCUUCACCCGCUUUCCGUUUGCAUGCCGAGUCUGAGCGAGCUCGUUGAGAAUGCUCGCUUCCUCGAUGAGAAGUAAUCUAAUACCAUAAUAAUUAAUGACACCUGUUGAAUCAGAAGAUGUGUGUCUGCCUUUGCAGUUGUU